AUGGCAGUCAUAUAUUACAGAUUCAGAUCACAGAAACCGGAGCAGAUCUCCACUAUUCGAUUCGAUGGUACAGGUCUGACGGUGUUCGAGUUAAAGAGAGAGAUUAUAUAUGCCAACAAGCUUCUAAGUGCCACUGAUGCGGAUAUCCUCUUGUACCAUUUUGAGGAUCCGGCUAAAGAAUAUUCUGAUGAUAACGGGGUGAUUCAAAGAUCAUCAACGGUAUUGGUGAGACGGACUUCUGCUGGUAAGAAAGGUAAGGGGAAUGUCUCAAGAUAUAUAGCCGGAAGGCAGAGAUUAACAAGACCUACUACAACUUCUAGUGUUUCGACGCUACCGUUGGCGGCAUCUGCUUUGGCCACCUCUGACGGAAGACAAUCCGAGGAGGAUUUGAUCAAGCAGAUGUUUAAUCAGCAGGACGAUCAAUGGAAUCAGCAGCAAGAGAUUAUGGCUACAGCCCAGAGAGUAGAUACAAUGAGGCCCGAUGCCAAAUUGGAUGAAACCAUUCCUGAGUACUAUAUCUGCUAUAAAUGUGGUGCCAAGGGUAAGCAUCAUAUUAGAAACUGUCCGAAGAAUAACGAUCCAAACUGGGAAGGUGUGAGAGUGAAGAAAACUACAGGUAUUCCGAAGUCCCACCUAAAAGCUUUGGAUACUCCUGCUGGUGUGGUCGAUGAUCCUACUCAAAACUACAUGGUUAAUGAGGAGGGUAAAUAUGUUGUUGCCGUCGCUGAUAAGAGAGCCUGGGAAAGAUUUCAGAAAAUUCAGCAGUCCAAGCAUGAGGCUGCAGGCAAGGGUGAUGAAAUCGAUGUUGAUGAUCCAGAAUUACAAGAUCCCGAGACUCAUAAGUUGUUUAACGAUCCCGUUAAGACAAAGUGUUGUCAGAAGCUCUAUUCGAGGCAUGUUAUUGAAGAUCUUCUUUUAGAAUCGGAUUUUAAAUGUCCUAACUGUGGUCAGGAGGACGUGUACUUGGACUCCCUUCAGAAGGAUAAGGAGACACAGAAAAAGGUGGAUGAAUAUCUCGCCAAAAGAAAAGCGGAGCUUGGACAGAGUGAGCAGGACGCCACUAAACGUCAAAGGUUGAAUCCUACCGGACUACCGGUAAUACCCCAGAGUAAUGCUAACCUGAUGGGGGUACCACCAAUGGGUAUGCCGUUCAUGCCUUUUCCGAUGCCUGGUCAGAUGCCUGGUCAGAUGCCUAUGCCCAUUGGAAUGGGCGUUCUCCCUGUAAAUGCAGCAAAGUCCACGAACGUCAAGUCUGGGGGAAGCGGCAGUGGAAAAUAA